GACGUCCAUGGGGAGCGAGGCUGACCACAACUACAUUGACUUGGACAAGGGUUUCGCCCUGGCAUUCCUGGCCCUGCUCUGCCUCUUCCUCCUGGCCAUGAUUGUGCGCUGUGCCCGCAUGGUGAUUGACCCCUACAGCGCCAUCCCCACCUUGACUUGGCAAGAGGAACAGAUCUCCAACUGAGGAACCUGGAACGCCGGGAAUGUUCCGCUCCGGGUUUCCUUCCAACCGUGAGCACCCUGUCUGGCGAGUCCGCGGGAU